AUGACAGUAACAGUUCUUAUUUGUGGUGGUGGCAACGGAGCCCAUGUUCUUGCAACUUUAGUGUCUUCGAAGCCUGACAUGACAUGUCGCGUCCUUUGCACUUUCCAGGCUCGGGAAUGGACAAAAGCUGCAGCAAACAACAUUCUGUCAUGUUCAUUCACAUCUUUCAAGGGCAAAUCAACUUUAUACAAAGCUAACCCCCAUGCUAUAUCUGACGACCCUGCAGAAGUGGUGCCAGGAGCAGACAUCGUCAUCUUAGUUGUCCCUGCAUCUUCCCAUGGGAAGUACCUGACAGCCAUUGAACCCUACAUACAGAAGGGAACCAUCCUUGUUGCCUUGUUCUGGAAAAUACAGUGGGUGAGUCAUCUCGACGAUGAAAUCAACAUGAUAAAACUACGCAAACAACGAGGAAGACCAAAUGAAACCACAAGUGUACUUCAGUGGUUAUUAGACACUUAUGGAUCGUCCAUUACUGAUUCAAGCAGCCUUAAACAAGCUCUGACAACAAACCAGGCGUAUAGUGGAAUAUUUCAUCCCAUGAUUACAGCUGACGAAGGAUAUAUACCAGACUUCAAGAGCCGGUAUCUAACAGAGGAUGUUCCAUUUGGCCUCGUAGUGUACACAGGUUUAGCACAGAUUGUUGGUCUGGAAACAACUGCAAUAGAUACAGUUUUGCACUGGAGCCAGCAGAAACUAGGAAAAACAUACAUCGUGGGAUCUGAACUGUCUGGUCGGGACUUACAUGAGACGAGAGCCCCCAGGUGUAUGGCAUCACGUCCCUAG